AACCCCCGCUCUGCACUGGUGCCAUCCUAGUAAUGACCACGGAUUCAGUGAAUGUAAUUGGUCCAAGCUGGCGCGGAUACGCUGGCCUACGGCACUUGGUGAUAUUCGGCGAUUCCUAUUCGGAUGUCGGCUACCUCUACAACAAAGAGGACACCAUUCCCUCCGACGAGGCACCCCUUGGGAUAGAAUUCCCCGGCAUCACCUGGGCAGAGCCCGCCAUGCCCAACUGGGUCGGCCACCUCAUCACAGAAUACAGUCCGGGCACCCAUCUCCUCGUCUACGACUAUGCCGUGGGCGGCGAUACCGUCGGUGGCAUCCGGAAGCAGGUCCAGGUUAACUUCUUGCCCCGCGUGGGCGAGAAGCCGUCCUGGGCCCCCUGGAGCGCUCAAGACACACUAUUUGUGACUUGGAUUGGAAUCAACGACUGCGGACAGAUAGAGAUACCGUCUGUACCUGAGACGCUCGAAGAACUCUUCGUCGAGCAAGAAGUAUUGUACCAAGCUGGCGCACGGAAUUUUCUCUUCAUCGAUGUUCCACCCAUCCAUCGAACACCCGUCGGCACGUUCAAUUCCGGCAUUCAACCUGACUUCCGUCGCAUCUACGAAAUGUGGAACUCGACGCUGCGAGAACGCAUCGUCCAGUUCUCCGCCGCCCAUCGCGACAUCACGACGUUGCUCUUCUCAUCCUGGGACACCUUCACGCGCGUGCUCGACGACCCAGUAGCCCACGGGUUCGGACCAGAGGACGUCUCACGAUCGGGCGGCGAAAUCUGGGUCGACAAUUUGCACCCAUCGACAAAGAUGCACGACUGGAUCGCCCACGAUCUGUCACGAUUCUUGACCUCACAGCUAGCAUACACGCCAAGGGAAGGAGCGAGGUAG